AUGCCUCGUGUUACGAAAUCACCAGUAAAAGCUGCGUGUCUGGCAUGUCGAACAUCGAAAACGCGUUGUGACGGCCAACAACCCUGUGGCAGUUGCUAUAGCAGAAAAAAAGAGUGCAGUUACCAACCCAGUCGCCGGGGUGGUCCUCGCAGAGGAGCCCGGUAUGAAGAGGCACAACGGCGACCAACUGCAGGCAAUUCUCUGCCAUCUUCAACAUCAGGUAUCACCAAUGAAAUUGAGCCAUUUCUCGAUAACAUGAUUGGUCUGGUCUCACCAUUCGCUGGGAUCCACAAUCUCGAUCUCUCCCCAGAUUCUUUGUCAAUUGCAGAUGGAGCCCACCAGAUAUGGGGUCAGCUCACCCCACAUGAUGACAGCUCCUUUGAUUCAGCCCCUGUGCGAGAUAUAGGGUCAUCGGUAAUACGCGCCUAUCAAUCUGAAGCGGAAAUGUUGGUGCAAAGAACCUGA